GUCUUUUUCCAAUGCAUCCCAUCUCAUUCCGCCGCACCGCGACGCAACACAAUAACUCUUCAGCAUUUGGCGCAUAGACAAGAUCGUCGUAUCAACGCAAAUUCAACCAGAACGCGCUUCUUCGAUAUUUCCGCUUCAUCAUCCCAGUCAGGCUGCCACUGCGAUGGGAGCCGCUAUGGCUGAACCGACGGCGCCCUCGUCCGACACCACCCCUUUAAGGUCCCUCCUAGACGGCAAUCAGAAGACGACCCGAACCAUUUACUCCCAGGCUCCCGGUCUCCCCUCCAGGAAACGACAAAGGACUGAGCCUAGCGACCCAUCGGACGAGAAGCCCAGCGACGAAACGAGUACCGAUCGCCGCUUCAGACUCGAAUACUUCGGUGUUCAGCAGCUUCCACCAGCUCUUGCUGCUAAGCAGCCCGCUCCCACCAAAGCACGGCGAAUCAAGGCACACUCCAAGCCAGAGCAGGCUCUCGUCAGACAAAACUCUGCACAAAAGCUUCUUGAGGGCCCCAAUGGACCCGGCCUUGGCGCUCCUUCCGUCAAUAAUGAAGGACCCGGCGCCAAAGACAACAACUCCCAGCUUUCCCAGCCCACAAGUCUGACUCGAGCAGGCGCGUCAACUCCUCACGGCGCCAGGCCUGAGUGGCAUCCGCCAUGGAAGCUAAUGAGAGUCAUUUCUGGUCACUUAGGAUGGGUUCGGAGCUUAGCGGUCGAGCCAGGCAAUAAGUGGUUUGCAAGUGGUGCUGGCGACAGGACUAUCAAGAUCUGGGAUUUAGCCACCGGCUCCUUACGCCUGACUCUGACUGGCCAUAUAUCGACCGUCCGUGGGCUCGCCGUAAGCCCGCGCCACCCUUAUUUGUUCUCUUGUGGCGAAGACAAGAUGGUCAAAUGCUGGGAUCUCGAGACAAACAAGGUUAUCCGCCACUACCAUGGCCAUCUAAGCGGCGUCUACACACUUGCUCUUCAUCCUACCUUGGACGUACUGGUAACUGGUGGUCGAGACGGUGUCGCAAGAGUCUGGGACAUGCGAACCCGAAGCAAUAUUCACGUGUUAUCUGGCCACACCGGGACUGUAUCGGACGUCAAGUGUCAAGAGGCUGAUCCUCAGGUCAUGACCGGCUCGCUGGACGCAACAGUGAGACUCUGGGAUUUGGCUGCCGGAAAAACAAUGGGUGUCUUGACACAUCACAAAAAAGGCGUCAGGGCCUUGGCCACGCAUCCCUCGGAGUUUACGUUUGCUAGUGGUAGCACGGGAAGCAUCAAGCAGUGGAAAUGUCCCGAAGGAGCCUUCAUGCAGAACUUCGACGGCCACAACGCCAUCAUCAAUACGCUCAGCGUUAACCAGGAAAACGUGCUGUUUUCGGGUGGCGAUAAUGGCUCCAUGAGUUUCUGGGACUGGAAGACAGGCCACCGCUUCCAGGCUUUAGAUACUACGGCACAGCCGGGGUCCUUGGACGCCGAGGCGGGCAUCAUGAGCUCUACAUUUGAUCGCUCCGGGCUGCGUUUGAUUUGCGGUGAGGCUGACAAGACGAUCAAAAUAUGGAAGCAGGAUGAGAAGGCGACGCCUGAGUCGCACCCCAUUGUUUGGCAGCCAACACUGGCCAGACGCAAGUACUAGAUACUAGCACAGGAUCCAUGUAAAAUACGAUUAGCUCGGAAACCCCUGCCUUACCUGUCAUUAAUAGAUACCCGACCCCAAAGCCUGCCUGCAUACGAACCUAUAGUACAGACAGUAAUCUAGAAAAACAAGCCCAAGGCUUUUACUUCUCCAUCAUCUCGAAACGCCAUCUUGACCUCCUCAUCACCCACAGCAAGA